AUGACAGAACAAAGUGCAGCAAAGGAAGGAAUCGCUCCUACUGACCAGCCUAUCGGCAGCAAAGUGGUCGAGCAGGUCAGUGAAGCAAAGAGUCCCGCAACGAGAUCCGAAGGAAAGUCCGAAGAAAUAUCAGGGGAUGACGCGACAUCGCCCAAGGACGAAUCGAAAGAAGAUGGUGAACUCGACCAGGACGAAGACGACGAGGAAGAUUCGCAAAAUGAGACAGCGCGACAGCAAGCCGACUUCAAAUGGUGCAAGAUCUUCUACGAGCCCACAGACCCUACGAUGCAGAACUACUACUACAUGCAUUUUGACACCCGAGAAACCGGGUACGAGGAGCCGACUGAACCAUACUGGAUCUGGGAUGCCUUGACCAACAACGUCCACGCUUCCGGCCUACAACAGCCGUCCAUGACCGCAACAUCUGGGCCAACGUCGGCUACACCAGCAGCACGGCCCAGUGAGCCUGUGCAAGAAUACCAAGGCUACAACCCCGCCAUCCACGGCAGCUACGACCCCAACGCCCCGUACGCCCAAUUCCACAACUCCAAACGCGCCGAAGAAGACGGCGUCCAAACCAGCACUUCCCUCGCCACUGCUCAGACCGGGACGGAUUACACGGCAGUCGGAACUUUCAACCGCUUCACCGGGGGAUUCCAGUCUGCAGACAAGUCCGCAGAACGUCACGACGAUUACAACAAGAGUGGCAGGCAGAUGAACGCUUUCUUCGAUGUCGAUGCGGCGGCUAAUAGCCACGAGGGGAGGUCGUUGAAGGAGGAAAGGAGGCAGAAUAAGUUGAGCCAGAAGGAGAUUAGGGAGUUGAGUAAGAAGAGGCGAGAGAAGAAGGAGAAGAAGAGGUUGGACUUCUAUAAGAGCUGA